AUGGCCUCCAAAGAUGCCAUCGUCACGGUGCAUGAAACCGCGGACGGCAUGACCCCGCUGCAGGAGAAGGAGAAGUCAUUCCCCACCACCACCGUGCAGGAGAAACAAUUCAUGGUUUUCGGCACGUCCAGCUUCGAGACCGAGACGGGCACAGAGACGGACAGGGGCCGCAAAUCAUCCCACGCCGGCGCCGCCUCCUUCCACUCUGCUGCGGUGCCUCCCAAGUUUGUCCACCAAGCCAGCGACUUCUCGCGGGGAGGAUACGACAAAGACAACGACAAUGAAGGGCUGACCACGCUGGGGAUCCAAUGGCAGCGGCUGACGAGAAACGUGCUGAUCCGAUACAUCGUCUACAUUGUGCCGGUGGCCAUCCUGCUGGCCAUCCCCAUCAUCCUCUUCGCCACGGUCUACAAGGGCCGCAAGAUCGGCACCAAGUUCAGCGACACCAGCCUGUCGCCGGUCUACACGGCCAACAUCACCUCGGUCGGCAACGGCAGCGGCAACGUCACGUCGGUGGUCAACAACACGGCCGAGACGGUGUACCAGCAGAGCCAGACCCACGUGGACAACGGCAUCCACUACCUGGGCCUGUUCAUCUGGAUCGAGGUGGUCUGGGUGCUGCUGUGGGUGGCGAAACUGCUGGCGCAGCUGGUGCCGAUUGUGUUCCAGACGGUAGCCGGGGCGAUUCACAAGGGGAUGCGCAAGUACCGGCUGGUGCUGCAGGCGGUGGAGAUCCCGCUGUCGCUCUUCUUCUGGGCUAUCCUGGCGAUCGCGUCCUUCUCGCUCAUCUACACGUUCGACCGGGACUUCCACUCGGCGCACGCCGGCAAGAUCCACUGGCUGAGCGUGCUGCACAAGGUCAACAAGGCCACCAUCGGCGUGACGGCGCUGUACCUGGUGGAGAAGAUGCUGAUCCAGAUGGUCAGUGUCAACUACCACGGCAAGCAGUUCUACGACCACAUCAAAGAACUCAAGGUGCUCAGCCGCGCCAUCGAGACCAUGUACGACGUGUCGCGGCGGCGGUUCCCCGACAAUCACCCGGCGUUCCGCGACGACGACCUCGACAUCCACGACACGCGCGGCUUCCGCAAGGACCGCCACGGCCGGCCCAAGCCCGUCGACGAGUCGACCGCCAUCUUCAUGACCAACCUCGGCAGCACCGCCGACCGCGUCACCUCGGUACUGGGCUAUCUGGUCAGCGACAUUGCCGGCCGCCAGGUGCUCAAUCCGACCGCCUCCGGGCCCGUGGUCGAAGCGGCGCUCGAGCGUCCCGUCAGCGCCGAAGCCCUGGCCCGCCGCAUCUGGAACUCGUUCACGAAUUUCGGCCACACGCCGCUCGACCUGGCCUGCAUCACGGCCGUGCUCGAGUCCAAGGUCGGGCCGGCGGCGGACCCGGCGCGCGCGGCCCAAGAAGCCGCCUACAUUCACCGCAAGAUCGACGCCGACGGCAACGGCGACAUCACGCUGGACGAGAUGGUCGAGCUGGUGACGCGGGUGGCGGCGGAGCGCCGGUCGAUCUGGGAGGGCGCGUGCAACGUCAAGGACGCCAUCAAGGUGCUGGACCGGGUGCUGAGCGUGGUGGUGCUGAUCUUCAUCUUCCUGAUCUACGCCGCCUUCUUCUCCAACUACCUGGCCACGCACUACACGCAGGUGUGGUCGGCCUUCACCGGCUGUUCGUUCCUGUUCGCCAGCACGGCGGGCGAGCUGUUCGCGUCGUGCAUCACCGUGUUUAUCAAACACCCCUACGACGUCGGCGACCGCAUCAACGUCGACGGCAAGGAGAUGCACGUGGUCAAGAUCUCGCUGCUGUACUCCAUCUUCCGUGAGGUGUCGUCGCGCCAGAUGGUCCAGAUCCCCAACAGCAUCCUGAACGGCCUGUGGAUCAAGAACCUGACCCGCUCGCGCGACCUGCGCGACCAGAUCACCGUCCACGUCGCCGCCGGCACCUCGUUCGCCGACCUCGACGCCCUGCGCGCCCAGCUCGCCGCCUUCGUCGUCCACCCCGAUCACCGCCGCGACUUCGGCCCCGACGUCCACCUACACCUCGUCCAGGUCCAAGACUUGAAACUGCUCGAGCUGCGCAUCGACUUCCAGCACAAGGGCAACUGUGCCUCCGACCUGCUGCGCUCGCAGCAUCGCACCAAGUUCGUCUGUGCCGUCUUGUCCGCCGUGCGGAAUGUCCCCAUCUAUCCUCCCGGCGGUGGUAACCCUGCUGCUGGCUCCAUCGAGUCACCCACCUACACCGUCGCCAUCACCGACGACGUCGCCCGCGCCGCCAAAGCCACUUUCGACGCGAACCAGGAUGCCAUGAGGUUGUAUCCCAAAUCUCAACAACAAGAACAACAACAAACUGUUUCGGAACAUGUCUCGCUACCCGUAAAUCCUACCGCCGGCCCCGUCAGCACGGGCCUCGAAAUCCUCCCCAGUCUACUCAGGAGGCAUGCCAGCAUCGCCUCGCAUGACACUGCCUCUGAGCGGUAG